UUCAAUGGUGCCAGUCGAUAUCAGACGAAAAACACGGACAUCUCGUCUCUGACCAAUACGAAGAGACUCUGGUGGUACGAAAAGAUGAAAGCUUGGAAUUUAGGAUGGAUAGCUAUAACCAUUACUCUAAUGGCUGAACAGAGGCAAAUACAAGGAAAAUACUGCCUUAACCCACAACCGAUCGGUUUCUGGCCUCUUGAUAAAGAAUCAGGGUUCACGGACAUCAGCGGGUAUGAACACAAUGCAAGAGGAAGUGAUGUCACAUUAGCAACGGGGCCAAACGAGAUUGCCGACACUGCAUAUGAAUUUUACGGCCGGGAAACCUCUUUCCUGAAUAUCACUCGCACACCAAUGUUGGAUGUUGGUGUGAACGGUUCAUUUUCUUACUCGGCUUAUGUAUACUCAACCAAGACAACUGGAUGCCUAUUGGAGUGGGACCCUAUGGGUUCUGUCGGCACCCACGGCCUCAUGUUCUGGAUCUGGCCAAACUCAGAGUUCUUUAUUCAUAUCCCAGGCACAGGUACUGGCCCCCAUGGAACUGGAAGCAAUAUACCAGAAUUGGCAGUAACAUUGAACGAUUGGCAUUUUGUCGCCGCAAGUUACAACUAUCAGACUGGGCAGCUUAUAAUGAAAGUUGAUUCUUGGUUGUGGACUAAGAGCAAGAUAAAACGUCACGCUAAAACAGAUAGCUCCUUUCUCUGGAUUGGAAAGAGAACUCGUGAAAAAAGCAUUCCAGAGCAGAGUUGGUUUGAGGGCAGGAUGUCCUGCGUGAUGCUUUUCAAUCAAGCGUUGACGGAAGAUAACCUGGAGGAAUUGAGGACAUACUGCCUCGACAGGAAGGGAAGAAUCAGAAAGAUGGCAAACGAUUCAAUAGAAUAUGAGCCUUUCGAACACAAAGCCAGUGACAGAGCAAUCAAGCCAAGCCAUUUGUUCGCCAGCAAAGCAGACGUCACGUCCGAGAUCGAAUGUGCUAGACUUUGCAUCCAAAGUGACCCAUCCUGCAUCACCAUCAGCUACUCAGCUUCGACCUUCGAAUGCAAACUCAGCAAAAUCGGACAUGACUUUGGGGUAACAGAUGUAGCGAUGCUCGGCUCUGAUAUAUACCAAGUUGCUGGCUGUUAAGGGAAAUGCAAA